GCCACGAUUCGUUAGUUUCGUGUGUUUCAUACCAGGCGUUUAUUCCACUCCAGUCAUUCACUAUUCCGGUGUCUUCAGUACAGUGCCACGAGUUAUUAAGGAAUAAUCAAAUUUUUUGACAGAAUUUACCCAGCGAAUCGAUCGCUGCAUCGUUGAAACACGGAAUAUAACGACGAGGAGGAAAUAACGGAGUCACCAUGGGGAUCAAAUUUUUGGAGGUGAUAAAGCCAUUCUGCAGCAUUCUCCCGGAAAUAGCGAAGCCACAGCGAAAGAUUCAAUUCAGAGAAAAGGUGCUAUGGACUGCAAUAACUCUCUUCAUCUUCCUCGUCUGCUGCCAGAUUCCACUGUUUGGGAUCAUGUCCUCGGACAGUGCCGAUCCUUUCUACUGGAUUCGUGUUAUUCUGGCUUCCAACAGGGGCACACUUAUGGAACUUGGUAUUUCUCCCAUUGUUACCUCCGGGCUCAUCAUGCAAUUGCUAGCUGGAGCCAAGAUUAUUGAGGUUGGAGAUACACCGAAGGAUCGGGCAUUAUUCAAUGGAGCACAGAAAUUAUUCGGUAUGGUAAUCACUGUGGGUCAAGCUAUCGUCUACGUGAUGACAGGAAUGUACGGAGACCCAGCUGAAAUUGGAGCUGGUGUCUGUCUGCUGAUCAUCAUUCAGCUUUUCGUCGCUGGUCUGAUCGUUCUACUACUCGACGAACUCCUCCAGAAGGGCUAUGGUCUGGGCAGUGGUAUUUCUCUGUUCAUCGCCACAAAUAUCUGCGAGACAAUCGUGUGGAAGGCCUUCUCACCAGCCACUGUCAACACCGGUCGUGGAACUGAGUUCGAAGGUGCUGUGAUAGCCCUGUUCCAUCUGUUGGCAACCAGACAGGACAAAGUCAGGGCUCUCAGAGAGGCUUUCUAUCGUCAGAAUCUUCCCAACUUGAUGAAUCUACUUGCCACCAUUCUCGUCUUUGCUAUAGUUAUAUACUUCCAGGGAUUCAGAGUAGAUCUGCCCAUUAAAUCCACGAGAUACCGUGGCCAGUACAGCAGCUAUCCAAUCAAGCUCUUCUACACCAGUAACAUCCCCAUCAUUCUGCAGUCAGCUCUCGUCUCUAAUCUCUACGUUAUCUCACAAAUGUUGGCUGUGAAAUUCCAUGGAAAUCUGAUAGUAAAUCUUCUGGGAGUGUGGUCUGAUGUUGGAGGUGGUGGCCCAGCGAGAUCCUACCCAGUGGGAGGUCUCUGCUAUUAUCUGUCCCCACCAGAAUCAGUUGGUCACAUCGUCCAGGAUCCAGUCCACGCUGUCCUCUACAUUAUCUUCAUGCUGGGGUCAUGUGCAUUCUUCUCGAAAACGUGGAUCGAGGUUUCGGGAAGUUCUGCCAAAGAUGUUGCCAAACAGCUCAAGGAACAGCAGAUGGUGAUGAGGGGACAUCGUGACAACUCGAUGAUCCACGAACUGAAUCGUUACAUCCCUACGGCAGCUGCAUUCGGUGGUCUCUGCAUCGGUGCGUUAUCAGUGCUCGCUGAUUUCCUAGGUGCAAUUGGAUCGGGCACUGGUAUUCUCCUCGCAGUAACAAUCAUCUACCAGUACUUCGAAAUAUUCGUGAAGGAACAGAGUGAAAUGGGUGGAAUGAGCACGCUACUAUUCUAAAAGUCACCAUCCAAUAGACUUGAAGAGUGAAUUAUCUUUUUUUACAACAAAAGGACUGCAUCAAUGAUAAUUUAUUAAGUGAAAAUAUAUCGUCGUGUGAAUGGGUAUAACGCUCAGCACUGCGUGCAAUCCUCGAUGACUAUUUUUCCUUCGAGAAGAGUGAAAAUGUCACCGUUCAAUUAUUCACUUAAGGCAGAUGUAAUUUUGAUUCUCGAUUUCCUCCACUCGGUGAACAUUUUUCAUUUCUUAAUUUAAUUUCACGGUUAACAUUGUUGGAGCCCUGAGAAUGCCAAUUUAUUGGCAGAUGAGUGUCUUCCACGAUCACUCAGACAGGAAAUUUAUUAUAAAUGUCAUUGUACAUAGGAUUUAACAGAAAUGCCAGGAAUGAAUGGCGAAUUUUUUUCUACUUGAAGCUGGAUAUUGGGAUGAAUAAACGAGUGCACAGGGAGAAAUGGAUAUGCAAAGAGUCUAUGAAUCGGUUAGAAUCAUGAAGAUCAUACUCAAUAGUUAGAAUAAAAAUAUUGCAGUGCUCUGUGCAUUUGAGAGAAUUUUCACAGGACGAGGUGAGGAGUCAGUUGAAUUAGGAUGACAAUUGUUCUCAUCUAGGUAAUAUCCCUCCUGUAUCAUCGUUCACUGUUCUCAUUGAUAAUACAAAUUAAAUUAAUUUUAAUAUGUAUUCUCUCUUUGUAUUCAUUUAUCCACGAACAACCGUUGAUUUUAUAAAAACUGAAUGAAAA